GCAAAUUGACUUUCAACAGACCUCAUUACUGAUAUCCACGCCAACAACGAGCCAUAUGUCAACGCGGUAUAAGCCAUGGCUGAAAAGGAAAACAAGACAAUAAAAGGUUGGUAGAAAUGGUGAGAAAUGGUUUCGCUGGUUGGUGUGACCAAGGCUAAUUGUUCCUUCUACGAUCUAAGCUGAAAUGAUUGCUCAAUUCUAGAUUCCGUGGCGUUCAGUUGUAUAAAGGGGUUCUUGUUCUUGUCUUGCGGGUUCUCUGGGGUAAUGGUAACUUGCACUAGCGACUACUAUUCAGAUGCCGAUGCUAUUAUUACCCUCUAUCCUCCGAGGGACCAGUCGACAUGGUCGAUAGGGAAGUCGUGGCUAUUACUCUAGCUCUUAUUAGGGAACUAGUUUGGUAGAGCGUACGAUUUGAAGCCUAGAGAGGAGGUACCUACUGUUUACCCUAUAUAUAAUACACGAUCUCAGUGGCUACUUUUCGAUAAGCGCUGAUAUGAGAUGCUGAAGAUGUCCACAAGCACCUUGAUCUUAGAGAUUCAACAGAAGCUAAACCGACAUGAUAUCUGGUAUCUGGAGGUUAUUGCAGUUCACCCUUCGCUCCAAGGUAGAGGGGAUAGGGAAAAAAACAAUGCAAGCGGUUUUGGACUAUAUUGGCCAGAACCUCAUCUACUUAGAGUGUACAAAAAGGUCCAAUAUUUCCUUUUGUGAAAACCUUGGUUUUAAACUGCUCAUCUGACAGUAAGAAUUCAGAGGAUGAUGACGAUACUAUUUCAUAUUGGGCGAUGCUGAAGGCGUAGACAUGAACAUUA